CGACGACAAGGCGGGAUCCGUCGAGAGCCCAAGAAGUCCAUCCUGUUGAUUGACCUCCGUGUCUGAUUCUUCUUGAGUCCUGGAGAUUUCCCCUUUCUUUAUUUUUCUUUUAUUUUAUUUGGAAAACAUGUCAACCUUGUGGACGUUACACUGCCCAUCCCGGGCAUUCACCCCACCGCCCAGGAAUUGUCGUCCGACGAUAUCUUGGUCAGUGAGUCCAGCCUCCAGGGUUACAGCCGCGGGUUGGAGCCGGAUCCCAGAAGUUUGCCACGUUGGAUCUACCUACCGGGAUUAAUGCCCAGUGUCUCUCUGCCCCGGUGCAAGGGACGGAACGAGUGGUUGGCUACAGUCUUUUUAACCCCUCCCUUUCUUGCUGGGAGGAAGACGCGGUCUGGGAUUUCUAGAAGAUUGCCAAACCAACAUCCCCAGCAUCUGGUGAGGGACGGAAACCCGAGCAUAAUGCCGGGUAGCCUUGGAAGGCCAAUCAGAAACUCCCAACAUACACCGACGCGGCCAGAAAUGAAAUGAGAAUGGGAAGCCAGCAACCCAUUGCUCACCCCACAUAGAGCGCAUUUGUAUGGAUGUUGAUGUAACUUACGGAGGACAUAUGGACCUCUCUCAGGGAUCGGCAUGGAUUCCUCGGUUCUGCAACUUUUGGGCGGCAUGUCGUGCACUUCGAAGACGGCUGCCCAGGUCCGAACCAGGACUACUCGCAUGCCACAAUUCUAAAUUUCAUGCUUCGAGAACAUAACUAACUCCAACGGAGGAGCUCAGAACCUUGGGUUUUGUAUGAUUAAAGCCAAUCACAAAGAUAUUAGGAUAUAGG